CAGGUAUAAAACCAGGAGACGCACGACUCAGAGUGCAGAAAAUCGGAGAAGUCAAAACCCACCGAGCAAGAAGUGCAAUCAAGACCUCAUUCAAGGAUUAUGCAUCCAAACAUGAAAAUGUGGAUCGGCUGGGCAGCAUGCGCCUUCCUCUUGUUCGCCUGCUUGGGAACUCUAACAGAAGGGUAUCCGACAAAACCCGACAACCCUGGAGAGGACGCACCUGCGGAGGAGCUCGCCAAGUAUUAUUCUGCACUAAGACACUACAUCAACCUCAUAACACGGCAGAGGUAUGGCAAAAGGUCCAGUGCUGACACCUUAAUUUCAGACCUUCUGAUUGGUGAAACAGAGUCUCACCCCCAGACAAGAUAUGAGGACCAUUUGGUGUGGUGAUGCCAGUAACUGUGUUAAUCCAGUUAUGUCCAUGUGCCAUCCUGUUAACUAUUACAGCAACCAGAUCUCAUAAAAUUCAAAUCAUCUGCAUCAUCAAGAUCUGCAUCUUGCUUGAAAAAAAACCCAUAGCCAUCGUCAAGAUAGUGAAAAUACUGCAGAACAUUCAAAUAACACAUCAGAUCAUUAUGUCUGUGCAAGUACACGUCUAUGUGAAAUGCUCUUAACAUAUGAAUAUGGUCUUGUUGAUAUGUGCUCUCCCUAGACUCAGCGAAGUUCAAUUAGCCUUUCAACAAGACAAUUGUACAGAGACUUACUCUGUGUAUGUGUGUCGUGUCCAUUUUAAUCCUCAAUAUCAAAGGAGAACAUUACUGACUGUACAGUAUAACCAUGCUAAUAAAAUCUACUAUAUU